ACAAAUGGUUGGGAGUUCCUGCCGUUUCGGUUUUGGGUUGCUGUGUGGAUUGGUGUGGUACUAAUUUUGUUGGUUGCUACAGAUAUGUCAGCGCUUGUUGGGCUUAUUACCAGGUUUACGGAAGAAGCUUUUGCAACAUUGAUUUCGGUGGUCUUCAUAAUUCAGUCAUUCGAGAAGCUUGUUCAAAUCAGCCAUGACGCUCCAAUUAUCACUGAUCCUAAGGCAUGCAGCCUAAAUUAUCCAUAA